UGUUGAAGAACUCUAACGUGGUCGUAUCAGGCAGCAACGCAAUGGACCAAAGCAACCCCAGUCACGACCACGACCAAAAACAAGUACAGAAUGACACCAACAACAUCCUCUGCAAUGCUUCUUCCUCCUCCACUCUAACAGAGAAAGAAAACAGCAGCUUAAGUUUGGAUUUCGACUUCGACUUGGAGGAGGUAUUGGGUCCCCAUGGGGAUGUUGAUGCAGUAGGGAGCAUGCAGGAAAAUGAAAUGAUGGAGAGCAGAAGCAGGGAUUGUGCUGCUGAAAAGGAAGUGGAAUUGGGUAUGGAGGAGUCAGGAAAUGUGAGGACGGAUAUGGAGAAGAUGUUGAAAUGGGACUUGGAAUGUUUGGAGGCUAAGCUGUGGGAGGAGGAUGGGAAUGAUCAUAUGUGGCCUUGGCUUUGUGAUGUUGGUGGAGAUACUAGUUUUGAUGAGUCUUUGUGUUCUUGGCUUUUUGCAUGAAGGGAGAUUUGUCUUCAUUAGCUUAAUUAGGUAGGCAGGACUAGUAAGAUUUUCAUUUCUUUGUUGUGUCUGCCUAUUAAUUCAUUUCUGUGGUUGUCCUCAGGUGUGUUUUUUUAUAUCUUGUUCGUUAAACUCUGUAAUUAUCAAUGAUAUUUGGUCUUUUGGUUU